AUGGCACCACGUCGCAGAAAUAAGAGACCACAGUGCACCGUGUGUUCAAGGUUUUUGACGAAGGAUGGUCUAUGCAAUUCCUGUAUUGCUCGCAAUCUUCGUAACGAGAUCCACAAGAAGGAACAGGAGGAUGCUCAAUCUGCGGCUGCUCAUCAGCAAUACAAGUCGUGGAAGGCGAAGGUGAAGAACCUCAACCCCAACUUCAACCCCAACCCCAACCUCAACCUCAACCUCAACCCCAACCUCAACCCCAACCUCAACCCCAACCUCAACCCCAACCUCAACCCCAACCUCAACCUCAACCUCAACCUCAACCCCAACCUCAACCCCAACCUCAACCUCAACCUCAACAACCACAGGUUGAUGGAGAUGAUGCAGGCGUUGAACAUGCUGAUGAUCCUGAAAAUGUAG